AUUCAGAAAAAAAAUAAAAUACAGCAGCUCUACUCCAGAGAUAUCUUCUCUACAGCAACUUCUAUACCCUCUCGGACUACUCCUUGCCAAUGGUUGGACGAUCAGACUCUGUCACCGAGGCACCUGCCGGAAAGACCGUUCUCGCCAGCUCGGUCGCCAAAAUCUACACCGGUGAGAUCAAGAAAGGAAUUGAGGCUCUAGGCCGUAAGCCUAAGCUUGUCGGGUUCCUUGCAAACACCGAUCCAGCGGCUCGCAUGUACGCCGACUGGACCGGCAAGACCUGUCAAGAGACCGGCUUCGAUUUUGAGCUCCGGGAGGUCGACAAGGAAGAGCUCGAGGAUGCUAUUUUCCAGGCGAACGAGGACGACGCUGUGGACGGAAUCAUGAUUUAUUUCCCGGUCUUUGGAAAUCGCCAGGAUCAGUAUCUCCAGCAGGUCGUGUCGAAGGAUAAAGACGUCGAGGGACUCUCUCAUAUAUACAUCCAGAAUCUAUACCACAACACUCGCUAUCUCGAUAGCGAACAGACCAAAAAGAGCAUUCUGCCAUGCACACCGCUUGCGCUCGUCAAGAUCCUAGAGUACCUCGGCGUCUACAACAUGCUUCUACCUUACGGCAACCGUCUAUACGGCAAGACCGUCACCAUCGUCAACCGUAGCGAAAUCGUCGGUCGCCCUCUGGCUGCCCUUCUCGCAAACGAUGGCGCGGUCGUGUACUCUUUUGACAUUGAUGGCGUGCAGAUGUUCAACCGUGGAGACGGCAUCAAGCUCCGUAGACAUCGCGUGGCUGAUGUCGAGAUCAAACUCGAAGAGGCUGCCAGACUCUCGGACGUUAUCAUCACCGGUGUUCCUUCUGAAUCAUACAAGUUUCCUACCGAGUCUAUCAAAGACGGUGCCGUGUGCGUCAACUUCUCUACCGCAAAGAACUUUGAUCCAUCAGUGAAGACAAAGGCGGCGCUAUACGUUCCUUCGAUCGGAAAAGUCACCAUCACAAUGCUGAUGCGUAACCUUCUUCGUCUGAUCGACAACAAAGCAAAGACCGUCGCGUCUGCUUAAAGUAAAGGUGUAGAAGUUGAUAUACAUAAAAAGUGGAGUAGGGUAUUGUAAGAGGGUGGUGGUUUGGCGUGCAUUUUGGUAAUUAUUAUAAAAGUUUUGUGUAUAGAAUAGAAGAAAGACAGGU